GCAGGUCCACGAAGCGUAGAAAGAUGGCUCCCCUGUAAUUGAUUGCACGCUUGACCGACCAAUCAACAGGUCGUUCGCGAACAAGGAAGCCCGUGUCGAAACGCUUCUUUCCUACAUUGCCGGGAUCCCCUGCUUUCUAGUGUGGAGUGCAAAAGUGUGAUCAGUGAAUUGUGUGAAUUGCGUGAAAUACGUUGCAGCAAGUGCACAGUGUCUCCGGAGCGUGACAAAACAGCCAGCCGAACGCCAGCAAAGAUCAGCGUGUGAAAAAGUGGAGCCCCUCCGGGCCACAUACCUAUGCAUCUGCUGCGUAUGCAUGUGUUCGUGUUGUUCCCAGCAUAACUCGUACGAUCAUCGCCAAAGGCCACUUGUUGAUGACCGUACCGAGUCGCGAUCCCGAGCAAUGAUGAGCUUUAAAGAGCUCCAGUGUUGUUAAAUCGUACACAAAAAAAAAGAAAUCUCCCGUGAUUAUCGGAAUCGUCAUCAGCGGAUCGUCAUUGAACGAGAGUUAAUUAUCCAAACCCCGUCGCGCACGGCGAUCGAAUGAAGCAAUAGAACGCACACGUGCAUCUGUAUGCGUUCGUGUAUGUGUGGCAGUCGUUGUUUACAUACGGAAAGGGGAGCUGCUUGGUUCCAAAGCCGAUGGGCACCGAUGCUGGCCUGAGAACCCGUCACGAUCAUCAUGCUUACGCUACUGACCGAACUGCGCUUCUGGUCCACCAGAGAGGACAUUUUCAUCAAGGAUACCGAUCUUGGCACGACGAAAUACUGUGAGAAGAAGCUCGAAUCACAUCGCACGCUCUACGGUGAGGGGAAACGCCGGUACUGUGAAACGCGUGGACUUAAAUGGAGUCUGGACAACAAGAAACCGAACAAACUGCGCCACUCGUUACGCUUGCUCGAGGACGAACUACGGCAGCGGCGCCUGGUGUACUGCAAAUGGAAGAGCAACACGAUCCUGCAGCUCAUGCUGGCGAACGGGCUGCUGGUGUACAUCUCGAUCAACCCGUUCACCGGUGACCUGUGCCGGAUCUACUUCGACAAGUAUCUGGUUGGCAAGCUGGUCUCGGAACACAUCACCGAUGUGGUGAUCACGCAACAUCAUCUGCUGAUCGCCUACCAUGAGCAUCAGAUAACGUUUGUGCACCUGCAGAAACCGACCGCACGUAAAAACCACCCGGAAAAGAUCAGCCUGAUGGAACCGAAAAUAUGUAACGUUCUGCUGAGCGGCGCAAGUUCGACCUCACGCAAACUCCCGAAGCGGCUCGUCUGCAGCAGCAGCCUCAAUCUGGUGAUCGUGUGGACGAAAUCCUCCCAAAACGAGGUAUACCCGUGGCGGCCAACCGUGAAGGAUCAGGAUCGGGCUAAUUUGCACGUGUACCGGUUGGCCGGAGCCCGGAUGGAGCUGCUCUGUUACUACUGGACCGAGUACGAUCCGAUAUCGGUACAAUUUUCGCUGCUCAAUGACUAUCAGGUGCACUGUGUCGAGCAGAAAAUCUCCAAAAAGGGCGAGGUGACGAUCGAUAGCUGCAUUUAUCAGAUCAACAAGACGAAGAUGAGGCGUGUCGCCGUUACCUCGAUCCCGCUGCAGACGCAGGUAUGCUGCAAUGCGCUAAGCCCGGACCACGAGAAACUCAUGCUCGGCUGUAUCGAUGGAUCGAUCGUUCUGUUUGAUGAGGGUCGUGGCAUAACGCACCUAGUGAAGGCUGCCUUCAUACCAACCUUCGUCGCGUGGCACAGUGACUCAUCGGUGGUGAUGAUAGCGAAUGAUAAGUGUCAACUGCAGUGCUUCGAUAUUGCACUAUCGUGCGUGCGCAUGCAGCUGCUGAGCGACGAGGAUGCCAUCCCGUCCGGUACCUUCGAUCUGUCGAAUCAUUUCAGUCACCCGCACGCACCCACCCUUAAUUUGGCCCGGUUGUGCUGGAGUCGUAAGCCGGAGCUAGCCGAACACACGGAAGCGUACGCAACGACCGAUUCAUUUUUGUUCUGUGCCUUCGAGCAGGGCCCUCUCGCCUGUAUACGGGUUGUUGGAGGGGCCGGUUUGAAAGGGGAUGUUCACACAUCGGGCCUAACGGCGGACGUGCUGGUUCACAAGUACAUCUCGCUGAAUCAGGUCGAGAAAGCGAUCAAUAUUCUGCUUAGCCUCAACUGGGACACGUACGGUGCGAUGUGCUUGCUGUCCCUGCAUCGGAUAGCGAACUAUAUCUUCAAGCAACCGCUCGGUACGGAGCGGGAGCUUCAGCUACAGAAAGCCCUCGGUAGCUUUCUGGUACCGGUGAAGGCUCUGUGCUACGAGACGGAGCAUGAGUUUGGUGAUCAGGUGAACGAUAUAACGCUCAAGUUCUUUCACCAUUUGCUGCGGAACAAAUCGUACAACAAGGCGUUCAGCUUAGCCAUCGAUAUCAACGAUGCGGAUCUGUUUCUCAAACUGCACGACAAAGCGAAGGUAGACGGUGAUGCGGAGCUGGCACGAGAAGCUCUGCGCAAAGCGGACGAUAUCAAUCGGAUAUGUAGGACCGAUCGGUCGAGUGAUAGUGAGCAUUCACUUUGUUCCAACUCCUCCUGCUCGAUGUGUGCCGAUAGUUUCGACGAUGAUGAAGAAGACGAGGAGGAAGAAGGCGAAGAAGAAGAACAAGAGGAACAGAAUGAAUCCUCCGAUAGGAGGAGGGACCAUCGUGGCGAUGAGGAGGUUGGUUGUGAGGAAGAAGCCGAAGAUGAUGAGAGUGAGACUAGCCAGGAUGAGAUGCUAGUAUCCAACGGAAAAACAAAAGCUCGGCGACCAGCAGCAAGUGCAAUCAAUGGCGAUUACGCGGAUAAACAGGAAAAAUCAAAAGCACGAUCAACGAAUUAUAGUACAACGAACGGUAUCGAUCGUAGCUUCCGAUCGUUUUCUACCUCCUCGGGUUCGUCCAAAUCUUCACAAACUCCAACUCGUGGUAGUGAUAGUGAUGGUUGGCGUAAAAACGGAACAGGAACGGCGAUCGCACAUCCGCCGUUACCUAAAACGGGUGACGCAAACAGAUCGCAGCAUAUCAGCAAAACUCAAACCGAUUACUAUGCGACACAAGAUCGCCCACCACUUCCGUUUCUCGGUGGUCAGAAACCGAUGGCGUCGGUAUCGUCGGCAGGUACCUCGGCAACACCAUUAUCACCUCCAUUUGCUAUGCAACGAAGUCAAACGGCCACGGCGCUGAAGCUCUCGAAGCAACAGCAGGCACGCAUUGCGGAGAGCAAGCUACGGGGGAAGUCGUUGAGCUCCAGCAACCUACUCCACAUGGGAGAUGAAGCAUCUUCAGGAAUGGCAUCACCGGCUAACUCCAUUAACCGACCGCGGCAGCUGGUGAAUCCACGCGAGAAAGCGGCACGGUUUCGGCUCUACUCCUCCAACGCCAACAGUCUUUCGAUGGAUCAGCUGGACAUUUCGAAUCGAAAUCGUGCACCACCACCGGCAGCGAUGGUUGGAGCUACACCGAUGUACAACGAGUAUGGUGAACCAAUCGGAGGGAAUGUGCGACCCCCUGUCGGACCACUGGGGGGUUACCAUCAUAUGCAUCAUCCGGAAUCAUCUUUGCGUCUGACGCAAGGCCCCAAACCGCAACCGCUGCAACUGCAGCAACAACAGCAGCAUGUUGUAAUCGAUGUCGUUCCUAAACCUUCCGCCAGUGGAUCAUUCCCCGGUGGCGGUAGUCCCGCCUUGCAUCCCGCAUAUUCCUCGCAGACGCUAGGCGCCGGUUUGCUUGUUCCACAUUCUUCAGCACCAAACAGCAUUCUCGAUCAAACGAUCGGCAUACCGUUGGUGCAGGAUGAACCAGAUUAUGUGCGACGCCAAGGUCGAAAGCCGGCACCAUCACCCUGGUUCAAUGCCGUAUCCGGUGCACCGACGAGCAACUCCAACAGCAACAAUGCACCGCGAACGAUCAUCCACCAGUACCCGCUGAUCUCGGGCAACAUUCCUUCCAAGUUUCAGUUGCAACAGCAACAACACUUGCACCAGCAGCCCUUCGAGUUGCAGCUCGGGGCCCCUGGUGGCGGCAAGUAUGGGACGAGGAAAAAGCUGGACGCACCAACGGCUUCCAUUCUUUCAAACGGUGGUACCAGUCAUUCACAGUCGAAUGUAAACUCUAAUGGCGCAAGUGGUGGUGGAGUCGGAAAUAAUGGGACGACCGGAGCUGGAAAUCUGGGAAUGAGUUUAAGCGGCUCGGCAGGUGGGAGCAGUGGGGCUUCCUCUUCCUCGUCCGCCAUCACGAAGCGUGAUGGCGGCGAGAAGAACAAAGUUAAAUUUUCGGACACCGUCACGGUGGCCGUUGUUCCGGAGAUACCGAGGAAGGAGAAGUUAAUUGUGGAAAAACUCCGAAAGCAACCUAUGAUGCUACCUCCCGGUCCGGUAGGAUAUGGACCGUUUUCCAUUGCCGAUCCGAAGCGUGAGCUGGCAGAAAGUUUACCGCUGUGCCAUCCGAACGAAGAUUAUCUGAAGGAUUUUACACCGAUGCAAGAACUUAUCAGCAACGGUAAUGGGGAAAUGGAGAAAAAGGAGGAAGAGAAAAAAGUUCCAAACAUUAAGGUGGUCCACUUUGGUGUGGUCUAAGUAGCAAUAGUACCUUCCGGUGUUGUAUUUUUAUGCGAAGGCAAGGUUCCAGUGACGAAACGAAACAGUAUUCUCCGUAGUAGCGUAGCAGGGUUACACUUUCCUAGUGUAGUUGUUCUAACGGUAAUGUUUUGUCCUUUAAUGGUGUAAAAAUGAUUGUUGUCCGUCCAUUAAGUGUUAUACUUUAUUCCAGUUAAUGAGCGCCGUGUUUUUCUGUGUCCAGGUUUUUUUUGUAAUUUAUUACCUUACUUUACUAAACAUAAGCAAAAAACAAGUGCAAACGGGGGACAAAGGAGGAAUAAUAAAUACCAAACAGUA